CAGCUGUCGCCAUACAAAACCCAGCUGAAGCUGUGAGCUCUUUGUUUUUCUGUCCGGGUCUCUGUGUAUGGCGUCCCAGGCCUUGUUGGAGCCACAGCCCUCUAACCAAAGCCAGCAGGCCCCUCCCAACAUCACCUCCUGCGAGGGUGCCCCAGAAGCCUGGGAUCUGCUGUAUCAGCUGCUGCCAGGGUUUGUCAUCACUGUCUGUUUCUUUGGCCUCUUGGGGAAUCUUUUAGUCUUGUCCUUCUUCCUUUUGCCUUGGCAACGGUGGCGGCAGCGGCGAAAGCGCUUAACCGUAGCAGAAAUCUACCUGGCUAACUUGGCAGCUUCUGAUCUGGUGUUUGUCCUGGGCCUGCCCUUCUGGGCAGAGAACAUUGGGAACCGUUUCAACUGGCCCUUCGGAAGUGGCCUCUGCCAGGUCAUCAGCGGGGUCAUCAAGGCCAACCUGUUCAUCAGCAUCUUCUUGGUGGUGGCCAUCAGUCAGGACCGCUACAGGUUGCUGGUGUACCCCAUGACCAGCUGGGGGUACCGGCGGCGACGGCGAGCCCACACGACCUGCCUGCUCAUCUGGGUAGCCGGAGGCCUCUUGAGCAUCCCCACAUUUCUUCUGCGUUCUGUCAGAGUCGUCCCUGAUCUGAACAUCUCUGCCUGCAUCCUGCUUUUCCCCCACGAAGCUUGGCACUUUGCAAGGAUGGUGGAGUUGAACAUUUUGGGCUUCCUCCUCCCACUGGCUGCCAUCCUGUACUUCAACUCUCACAUCCUGGCCUCCCUGAGAGGACAGAAGGAGGCCAGCAGGACCCGGUGUGGGGGGCCCAAGGGCAGCAAAACAACAGGGCUGAUCCUCACACUAGUGGCCUCUUUCCUGGUCUGCUGGACCCCUUAUCACGUCUUCGCCUUCCUGGAUUUCCUGGUCCAGAUGAGAGUGAUCCAGGACUGCUCCUGGAAGGAGCUCACGGACCUGGGUCUGCAGCUAGCCAACUUCUUUGCUUUUGUCAACAGCUGCCUGAACCCACUGAUUUAUGUCUUUGCAGGCCGGCUCUUUAAGACCAGGGUUCUGGGAACUUUAUAAAUGAUGCACCAAGAAGCCUCAUGUCCCUAUCAGCCAGUAGGAAAGAACUCUUCCAACUGUCCUGAUGGAACUGAAACAGCAGUGAGCCAAGAAGCCUAGCUUCUUGACCAACCAUCUCUGAUAUCAUCUGGUCGGCUGAGCCACUGCCCACAAGGAUGCCCCGGGGAAAGCUACUACCAGGGUAGCCGGGACCUUGAAGAUGCAAUUA